GGGAAUUCUCUUCUUUGUAUGCCCAACGUUCUCAAGGUAUAUUUGGAAAAUGGACAGACGAAGGCUUUCAGGUUUGAGACAAGCACUACUGUCAAGGACAUUGUUCUCACCUUGAAGGAGAAGCUCUCAAUCCGGAGCAUUGCGCACUUUGCCCUUGCUCUGGAGGAGCAGUACAACGUGGCAAAGAUCCACCUGCUGCAUGAGGAAGAGCUUAUCGAGCAGGUGGUCCAAAAAAGAGAAUCUCAUGACUACCGGUGCCUCUUCAGAGUUUGCUUUGUCCCAAAGGAUCCCUUAGACCUCCUGCAGGAAGACCCAAUUGCCUUUGAAUAUCUCUACCUGCAGAGCUGCAGCGAUGUGCUUCAGGAAAGAUUUGCUGUGGAAAUGAAAUGCAGUGUGGCAUUACGUCUGGCUGCUCUGCACAUACAGGAGAGGAUCUAUGCUUGUGCUCAGCCACAGAAAGUAUCCUUGAAAUACAUUGAGAGGGACUGGGGAAUUGAAAAUUUCAUCUCACCAACUCUGCUUCGAAACAUGAGAGGGAAGGAUAUCAAGAAAGCCAUCAGCUGCCAUAUGAAGCAGAAUCAGAUGCUACUGGACCCUCGGCAAAAGCAUAUGCUCAUAGCAGUCCAAGUGCGCCUGAGCUACCUGCAAAUACUGGGAGACUUGAAGAUGUACAAUGGGAAGAUCUUUAAUGCCACCCUGAUGCUACAGGACAGAGAAUCAUACGUUGCCUUGCUGGUGGGUGCCAAGUAUGGUGUGAGCCAGAUUAUCAAUAAUAAGCUCAACAUCAUAACAAGUCUGGCAGAGUUUGCAAACAUCAGCAGAGUGGAGCUUACAGAGGAGCCUGAAAAAGUGAGCACGGUCAAAAUCUAUCUGCAGGAUCUGAAGCUGCUGACUCUGCUCCUGGAAUCAAACAGUGCAAAAGAUCUUGUCUGCCUCAUCACUGGCUAUUACAGACUGUUUGUGGAUGCAAAUGUCUCCAUAUUUACCUGGGGGGACAAAAAAAAGCAAUUGCAUCGUGUCUCAACUGAAGAAGGAUAUGAAUCUCGAACCUGCAGUGACUCUGACGACUCCUGGGAGCAGGAUUCUUCAGACCAUUGCUUGGACACUCCUACAGCAUACAGCAGUGGCCAUCCUGAGUGCAACAAGGAGGAGCUCCACAGUCUGGAGAAGGACAGCACAAAGCCCCAGUCUGGAGGGAGUGACCAAUAUGAUAGAUGUGACAAUACAACAGACACUGCAUCUGAGGCUUCAGAUUCAGCCAACACUGAGAGCCGAGGAUUUAAGACAAGUGGCUCCAGUGACUCUGUGAAUGCACUGGAGGAAGAUGAGUUGGAAAUGUGCUCUUCCUUCAGGCCGGAAUUCUUCCACUUCUACACACCAACAGUUCAGGAGAUGAGCCACUCAGACAAGACCUUCUUCCCCAUUCCUGUCUUCCCCAUUCCUGCGGCAGGAGGCUCCAGCAGGGCAGAAACUGGAGACUACUUCUGCUUCUUGCAGGUACCACAUACAGAGGAGCUUGGGUGUGAAGACAGCCCCUCUGAGCAGAGAGGAGAGGACGUUGGUGCAGCUGUGGUGGAAACCAGAUUGUCUGAGAAAAACACCAUGGGCUAUUACAACCUGUGCUACAGCGUAUCCCCUGCAGGCAGUGUGGAGAGGAGCAAUGUCAGUUACAGCCCUCAAAGAAGUCCUUGGAAAGAUGGGUCUGCCCAGGAAGGGGCACCAUGUGGAGCAGAGCUGACUGCAGAGGUGAGCGAUCCCAUUUUGGAGCCACCCCCAGGCUUUGGUGACACCAGCUCUGAGGAGGAGUUCUAUGAUGCUGCAGACAGGCUUAGCCCUCCGGAUGCCUUGGCAGGCUACAAUAUGAUGUCCCAGGAGGGUACAGACAACUGCUCCUGCAUGCUAAAGAAACCAAGGUGUUACAGCUUGGGGGAAAGCCCAAUGACAAGGCAGACAGCAAGGGAGAAACACAGAAAGGAGAAGGAGAUGACAUAUGCUAAGAGCCUAAAGAAGAGGAGAUCUUUCCUGAAAACCCAUUACACCUCACAGGUCACUUUCCCCUUGACUUUACCAGGCUCUCUGCAAAGCUGCAGCUCUUGGCCACCCACACCAACACUCCUAGCUCAGCUGCCCUCUCCACCCUCCUCUGAGAACAUCAGGGAUGCAGAGCUGGGACUUCCUGCUGCCACCCAAGCUCAGAGAGACAGUGCUAGCCCAAAUCCAUCCUCUGACCUGAUGGAGAUGGAGCCUGAUACCAUGGAAACAAAAUCAGUGACUGACUCAGUGGUUUCUUCCAUUUCAGCUAUUCACCUGCAGGGUGUUGCCAUGCAGGUGGACAGUGGCCUCCAACCUACACAUGCUGUACAUCCACCUUUCCUGUCCCUGAAGGAAGGUGUACCCCUUCCUGGGGGCACAUCUUAUUUACAGUCUGUCAGGUCACCUGCUCAGGGAAGUCCUUCCAUGAAGACAAAUACUGGGUUGCCAAGUGAAGAGAGCUGUAUGGCCACCAAAAGCUUGCUGGCCCAUGUGGCAUGGGAGGAUAUGGGUGAGGUGAUGGCAGCCCAGCACAAGGCUGGCAAUACACCCCCAUUCCCCGGCCAAGAGGUGGCCUGCCCUGGUAACAAACACACACUGCCACCAUCAGCUCAUGGCCGCAGCAUGUUCUCUCCCCAUGAGGUGGACCUCACUGCUGGGAGAGAAGCAGCACAUAAGGAGCCUGUCCCAGCUCCUUGUGAAGAAGGAAAAGCUAAUUGUGACAGCUGUACUGAAAACAGCAGUGACAGUGCCUUGUUACAGGCAAAAAGCAGACCAGUGAUAAACAAGGAGGCCUUACAGAAAGCGCACAAUAAAAAUCACAUACGUUUUCCAGAUGCAACCCAGCUCUUAACAGAUUGCAGCAGCACUUCUGGGGUUAUAACUCGCCUCUCCUGGCUCUCAUGUGGGCUGAGGACAGACUUGACAUCACCCAGCCCAUCUCAGGAAUGGGUAGGUAUCCCACUAGAGCUUUUGGACUCUGAGAAAACCAGUGUGUGCCUGGGGGCUGAUGCUAUUGGAAAGGAGAUGCAAACAUCUCCAGCUGGAGCACUGUUUGAGAAAGAGUUGCUAAGCAGCCAGGAGCUGGAUGAAGGAGACCCUAGAAAAGAUGCAGGAAAUGUGGCUGUCACACACCCACAGCCUGUUCAGACUCCUCUUCCCAGAGAACAGCCUACUGAGGUGGGAAAAGACUCUCCUAAAACUCCAUCUGUAGGGCUUUCCAUCUCCUCAGGCCCAAUUCCCUUUGGCAUGUUGGAGAAAAGAGCAGAAGAUCUUGGGGCUUCAAAGCACUCCUUCCUCUGCUUUAACCACAAGGAGGAUGAGCAGAGUCAGCAGAGUGCUUCUGACCCCAUCACGACCAGGUCCUUCGGGUUUUCCACAAUGAAGACAUCUCCACCACAGCUUGGGAUGGACAAGUGCAGCUGUCAGCUGUCCUAUACCAGCUGCUUCCACAGGCCUGAUGACAUGGGAGAAUAUGAAACUACCAUCCCCAUGUGCAACACGUUUUUGGGGCCCCUCACCACCCCACCAUCCAGCAGCCGCAGUCUUCCUGGGACCCCUGUGAGCAGUUACUCAGCCUCUAUUGCUAGGGACAUGGCAUGGUGGGACCCUUACGUCCAAGCCCUCAGCAAGCUGAAGGACCAAGCACGGAUGAGUCCUGCAGAUUUUUCCUGCUUCCUGGCCUACACAACAGAGCUUCGGGAGGUUGUGAGGAAGCUCUCCAGGAACCAAGCAACCCAUCUGCAAGGUCGAUGUUCUGAGCAGGGUGCUGAGAGCAAGGGUGCCCUUGGCUUAGUCUCCCAGCAUCUGCUGUCCAGUUGCCAGGAGCUCUUGAAAACAGAGCAGCCCCUCAAAGAGCUGCACAGUGUGCUGAGGGUGACAUUCAACCACCUAGUUCAACUGGCAGUGGCCUGCUUCCAGGUGACGCACUGCCAGCUGUGCAGGCAGAGGCAGCAGGAGCUUGGGGCUGCACUCAUGGAUGUGGUGGGAACCUACCAGCAGCUUGUGCAGGCUGUUCACCAGCAGCUCUGCCAGCAAGCCUGCCCGGAUGUGGGUGCCAAGCUCCUUGCCCGCCAACACACAGCCCUUACAGCUGCCAUAUUUUGUCUUCUGCAGCAGUUCAGGGUACCCCCGUUGUUGUGA